AUGGGGUUCAGAGAAGUGGAACCUGCAAUGGGAGGGUUGCCCACCUUCAGGUGGCACGGCGAUCGGCUGCUGUCGUGCCAAGCUGCAACAAGCAGCAACAGCAGCAGCAACAAGGACAGCGGAAGGGAAGAACUCAAUCGCAAGGCAUACGAGUUUGGCAGAGUGGCAAGUAAGACGGUGAAGGAGCAGGCAGGAGCAGUGGAUCAGAAGUUUGGGGUCAAGAGGAAGUUGCGCAACCUGGCAGAUGAUGCCAUCAGAAAGCUGCCCAUGUGGAAGAGGCAGUAUGCCAAGUUUUCCAAGACCACAUUGGGCCAGGUGGUCUUCUUCGCAGCCUUCUUCUUCCUGUGCUACAGCGGCCUGGUUUGGCGCCUGCUCAACCUGGUCUUCAUUCUGUGGUGGGUCGCGCCGCUCUUCGUGCUGCCGGCCAUAAACCACAUAAACAAGAAGGCAGCGGAGGAAAUGGCGGCGCGGCAGCAGGCGCAGCAGCGGGCGGCGCAGAACCCCUUCUUUGGGGCGUUUAACCGCGCGCAGACCCAGCAGCAGGGAACGCCGCGUGCCGGGCGCGCUGCAUCGGCCGGCGGCAAAAGUGACGGUCCAGUCAUCGACGUGGAGUACACCACUGUGGAUGAUUAA